ACACAACAUUAUCCAAAAACAUAAACAAAAAUCAAAACACGAGAUGAUCCAAAAAGAAAGAAAAAAAAUUGCAUUUUUGUUGGUUACCAAUAAAGGUUUCUUGAAUGUGUGCAGAGUUGCAGGGUUAGAGAAUAUCCCCACUUAACCUAGUUUCAUUCAGACCCCUCGUUCUAAUCAUCCCUUGCUUCGUCUGCAUGCCAAACCCUUGCCCAAAAUCAAACACCCACUGUUCCAUUUCCAUUUUCCAAACCAAUCCAAUCCAAUAUGUUGACGGAUUCCGAACUCCUGGAACGUUUGCACCAUGUUCUACGAACAUCCGACCUCGAUACCGCCACUCCCGCCACCGUCCGCCGCAAAAUGGAACAAGAUUUGGGUAUUGAUUUAUCCGACAGAAAACCCUACAUUAGACAACAAAUUGAUUUGUAUCUUGAGUCUCACUAUACGAAUGAUAACGCGGAGGGAGACGCUGAGGAAUCGGGGAAUGCGAAGGUGGAAGAGAGCGUUAAUGGUGGAAGUGCCUCCAAGGAAGGAGAUGAUGACCAACAAGAGGAAGAAAGUGAUGCCGAAUCGACGAAGAUAGACAGUAAGCACAAGAAAAAGGGAGGCGGUUUUAGCAAACCAUGUGCACUUUCUCCUCAACUUCAAAAGUUUACUGGAGAGUCUGAAAUGGCUAGAACUGAGGUUGUGAAGAAGAUAUGGGCUUACAUUAAAGAGAAAGAUUUACAGAAUCCAGCAAACAAACGAAAAAUCUUAUGUGAUGAAAUGCUACACGAAUUAUUCCGUGUGAAAUCCAUUGAUAUGUUUAAAAUGAAUAAAGCACUUAGCAAACAUAUAUGGCCAAUAGAAGAAGAACAGGAAACUCCAGUUUCAGUCAAGCCUUUAGCGAAGAAGAAACAAAAUAAACGAGUGAAAGAAGAUGAAGCAGAGCAAAAGGAAAAGAAGCAAAAAACAAAGAGUUCUGGAUUUGUUAUUCCACUUCCAAUGUCAGAAGCACUGGUGCAAUUCUUUGGUACAGGUGAAAUUGAACUAUCUCGUUCUGAAGUUGUGAAGAGAAUUUGGGAAUAUAUCAAAAGGAAUGAUCUUCAGGAUCCAUCCGACAAACGAAGGAUUUUAUGUGAUGACAAGUUAAAGGAACUAUUUAAACUCGACACCUUCAUUGGCUUCACAGUCACAAAGCUUCUGUCACCUCAUUUCAUCAAACAACAAAAAUAAGCCUUAGCCAAUAGCCACCUCAAAUCAACAAUGGAUGGAUGCUUUCUUUCUUCUUGUUAAGAUUUUGUACUAUUUUUGUUCACAAAAAUCAUGUGUAUAUAUAUAUAUGUUUUGAUGUAUCAUAGAAUGUUAACCCACUUUUUGUUUAACAUCAUUCAUAAAUCUCUCUCAUACACCAACAAA